GGUAUCCCGGUUAGCGUGAGAAUUGUUGGGUUACGUAGUUUGCGUAAACACAGCAGAAUAUCAUAUUUUUGUGGCGUUUUGUUGUGAUGGAUGUUUUAUGUGAAAGUGUUCCUAACGAGGACGACUGUGGUACAAGAUACUCCUCGUCCUCUAGUGAAGAUGACGAACGUAUGGACCAAGGCGUUGCGAUGACUUACAUGACUCUUGAUUCAAUUUUAAAUGAUAAUUCGCGAAUGUUUGAAUUUCUGAGAAGUUUUGGUGUGCUUGCGAACAAAUACGUAUGUGCUACGUGUCGGAAGCCUAUGUCCUGUGUGAAGGUUGGAACGAAUAGAUGUGGCGAUGGGCUUAUGUGGCGUUGCGCGAAAGACAAAGUGUGGAGGUCAGUUCGUAAGGGUACUUGGUUCGAAAAGUCGAAGAUUAAGCUUAAAAGUAUAGUUCUGUUGACAUACUGUUUUUGUAUGCGUAAAUCUGUGCAAUCCACGUGUCGCAUCACAGGCUUGAGUGACAAAACGGUUGUCGAUUGGUUUUUGUCAUGUAGAGAAAUUUGUUCAGCUUUGAUGAAGAAGAGGGGAAAAAUCGGGGGGCCAGGUGUUGUGGUUGAAUUUGGCGAGUCAUCUUUUGGAAGUAACAAGUAUGAUAAGGGAAGGUGGGUGGCAGAAGUUUGGGUUUGGGGAGCAGUCGUUUGUGGGAAGGACCAUGGUGAAUUGGUUUUGAAUGUGGUUGAGAAGAGGGAUGCUAGGACUUUACAGUGGUUCAUUGAAGAGCAUGUUGAAAAUGGUACUGUUAUAUAUUCAGAUAAAUGGGACAGUUAUGAGGAUGCAGAGGAGUUUGACCUUCAGUCGUUUGCAGCAGAUCACAACUACCAGUUCCGGAAUAAAGUGACUGGUACAAUGGAGAGAUAUUGGAAAGAAGUUAAGAGAGUUCUCAAGGGAGGCAAGAGACGGCGCAGUGGUUUGCAGAGUCAUUUGGAUGAGUACAUUUGGAGGGAAAGUGUGUUUGUGCAUGGGUGUGCAUUUCAUUCGUUCAUGCAGAGUGUUGGAGCCCUAUAUGUUCCACGUGUAGAGGAUUAAGAUGUGGAUUUGCUGUUUGGGUUUGGUUGCAGGAGAGGAGUGUGGGGGGAGGGGCUGGAGAGGGAUAUUUGGUUUUUGUGUACGUUGUUAUUUAUCAACCAUGUGUGUGGAGCAUCUGGCUGUAGAAUUGUGAGUUGGUCGACCUGAAACCUUGUCAUUGUGGAGACAUUUUUAUGAUGCCUACUUUUCUUUCACUUUCUCAGUUUACCAUGCGACACACAAAUGAAGCUUGCUGUUAUCUUUGUGCUCACAUGGAUAAGUCAAGUGCACCACGGCUGGUCAGGUGUGAGAGACUGCGAAUCACAGUGACUGAUCACGGCACCUAGUAGCCGUAGUUGGAACUGGACAGUGACGCUGUGACACGUGGAAAUCGUGCACCUCAUACUCUGGACAUUAUUGCUACCAAGUUUGGUACUGACAAGAAACUCAGUGGGGUCCAGUCAGGUGUAAUCUUGUGAUUAUAUUCUGGAGGAUUCCUUUUCCUGCAACUACCAAACACUUGGGUCCAGGAGCCAGUGAAAAAAUAAAAGACUGAGGAGGGGCAUGGGGUGCCUCUUCAAAUCCAUUGUGAUGAGGCGGAGAAAAACCUUUUCUUCUGAAGAAAAGAAGCCUGGUGCUAGAUAACGAUUAAGGAAGAUAUUUUGAAUAAAUGUAUUCUGAAUUGCGAGGAACCCAAAGAACCCUUACAAAUCAACAUAAAUACCCCAAUAAAAACCAAACCUAACAAACUAGACCCUCCAACUUUCCAACAAGGAGAAGAAAUUCUUG